AUGAAUUCUACGCCGACGAGCCCGAGCAGACCAGCUGAGCUUGAGGAAAUGGUGACUGAACCAAUUCAGGAACGAACGACAUGGAUAGGAUCACCGGUAGAGAAAAAUAAAACAUUUAAUAUGAAUCAAACUCUAAUUUUCAGAUGAAUCGCCCGACAGGCCCUUCCUGCGCCAAGGAUCGGAAUAUCGUACCGAAUGUGCGGGGGGGACCAGCUGCUGAACCGCCUAGUCAAAGCCAUCAAACAGCCGUAAGACAAGAGUCACCACUUUACACUCAAUUUCCUUCAUUUUUAGGUUCCAACAGAUACCUUAGCGGCGCUUCCCACUCGAUCCAAUGGAAUCGAGAAGCUCGGAAAGCCGGAAGGCGAUGAGAAGAAGAUGAACGUCAAUGUGGACCUCUCGUCAUCAUCCGAAAAUCGGAGUGGUCAGGGAGUCGGUGUGGAAGUCAAGGCGGAACCGGAACAGGCGCCGGAGCCUGCGUCGGAUCUUGUUCCCGGACCGGUGCCAGAACCGGUAGCUGUGGAGGAAGAAGCUGAAGCGGAACAACUUCAACAGCCAGCUGAGCCACAGCUGGUGCCAGAACCGCUGCCGGAACCGAUGCCGGAACUGGUACAACAACAAAGGGUGAUAUGUAUUACGCAUCUACUUUCAGAUUAUUGUCCCGAACGUUCCCAUCAAGAGACGCAGAACGGAAAUUCAGCUUCUUCGAGAGCAUCGGACAAUCGAACUCAAUUUGCCGUUUGUACGGGCUCGUGUGGCUCCUGAGCGAUUCAUGAUGAGCCAGAGAUUCGAAGCGAUUCGAACGACGGAUCCAGAAUCGCAGUGGCGAUGUGCGGCCACUAAAGCCGCCUACUCCAAGUUCCGGUUGGAAGAUGGGCCAAUUGUCAUUGACGACUCGGAAGUUCAGCCUGGGUGGAAGAACCUCUACGAAUCUUUUAUAAAUGAAAAUUUUGUUCCGGCAGAGCUAAGAAAAGUCAUGUGGGAGAAGUGGUGCGAGGCCUUUGAAACACAGCCGUUCAGGAGGGUAAGGUCCUUUAUAGUUUAUGUUAAGUUCUAUGUAAAGUUCCUUUACAGUUUCUGUUCAUCUGGAUGGAGUACGCAAUCGAGCGCGUGCAGUUAUUUGCGAUGCUUGAUCUGAAUGUAGUUCACGAGGACAUCAUGACCUACUUCUUGCUGUACGAAGGCAAUUACGAUUCGCCUGCGGACGAGCACCGACUGACCGUCGGACUGCUCAAAUCGCUGUUUUUUGACGGCGAGAGGCUUCAUCUCAUUAAACUUAAUUUUGACGAUUUAGCAUUAGGAUACAGGAAUUAA